AUGAAGCUUUUUGCUUUUGUCGCUGCUGCUUCUGCUAGCCCUGCUAUCAAAUCAACCGGAUGCGCUGAUGGCGUUCAUCCUCACGAAACCGACUGCACUAAAUUUUAUAAGAACUCCGGUCAUGUUGAAAAUGGUGGAAACUUCAUGGUGAACUACUAUCCAAGCUGUAAAGUUGGCGAGUGGAACAAAUAUCAGGUCGAACAGCGAUACACGGACACUAAAGACACUCUUGAGCUCAAAAUGUCCAUUGAUGACGAAGUUCUCGUCACUAGAAUUGUAGACGUGGUAGAUGCCUUCAGCGGCGAUCUCUUCGUCGAUGUCUCCAAUGACUUCCACGACUCUGCCACUGGAUUUCGAGUAAGAAACUUCUACCACCAGACCUUCCCCGAAAGCUAA